AUGUCUUUUGACUGGUUAAAUAUUCCAGGGCUUGAGAUUCGUAAUGAUGGCAAUAGUAAUCAACCAAAUGUCUCCUUUGAUUUUGGAGCUGUUAACGUUUCUCCAGCGACACAAGUACCGGCGCAGAAUAUGCUGAGCUCUACUGCCACUCAACCAACACUGAGGGGCGUGAGCGAUUCUGUUAUAAAUGUACAGCCACAAGAACAAGGUAAACAGCAAACUAGCGACACGUAUCAUGAGACUCCCGAAGAUCUGCAGGUUCCAUUAUCAUUGUCACAGUCACAGCUAUCUUCUGAGGAGAACAGAGCCUAUCUCAGAUGGUAUAAGUACAUUACGGCAAGAACGCACGGAAAGUUAGUCAGAUUAAGCGAUGUUUUCAGGUUUUUAGGUAAUUUUAACAUUUACGAACAGCUAAGAGGCAGAAUAAUAUCCAUUUUUAGAAGUUGCAAGAAUGCUCUGAAUAUUGGCCAGUUCUUUGCAGUAGUGAGACUUAUAUCUAUCGCUCUUAGUAGGCGUUGCUUGCCAACAAGAUUGAUGAUCCUUCAGAAGGCUCCAGUUCCUAAACCAAGAUCGAUUUUGAAUGAAAAUACGGGAGAAGUAUAUGAAGAAAUUGAAGAAGAUGAAGAAGAACAGAAUUCUGCUAAGCAACAAUCAACUGGCGCAGGUUCCGGAGGAAAAGUCGAUUUUGACUCCUUUGCAUCACUUUUAUUGACAGGAAAAUCAUCAAGAAAGAGAUUGAGGAGAAGAGUGUUAAAUCCUGAAUAUAAAAAUAAAAAAGUUAGAUUUUCUGAACAUCUCACAUUCCAGGAACCUCCAAGUGAUGAUCAAAAGGAACCGAUUCAAGAUAGUAAUGAUGAUGUGCCUGACGGCCCAUUAGAUUUAUCGCUCCCAAUGGAUCAAUUGCUAAAACAAAUGGCUAAAAGAAAGAACUCCAGUAGUGGUUUGGUCUCACAAUUACCAAGUGAACAGCAAGAAACAGAAGAAGAAAAAGAAGUAUUGAAAGAUAUGCAAGAUUCUUUAUCCCAUUUCAAGCAAAUCAGAACAGUCGAUUCAGCAUCCUUAGGUUUUUCAGGAUUACCUGAAGAAAGUAAUUUGAACGCACUUACAGGUGAAACUAUGGGUACUGCACCAUUACAGCCUUUAAAGCCCACUGCAACAGGAUCUGCUAACCAUUAUAUACGUCAGGAGGUCACUCAAGGUAUGGUACCAAACCAGCCACAACAAGGUCAAACACCUGGGGCGUUGCAACCUUUAAAGCCUACAGCAACGGGGUCGGCGAAUUACUUAUUUCGUAGUCAUUUUGAUCCUGCUAAUACCCAAAGUGUACAACCACCCGAAAUGCAUCAAAACAUGCAAUCAAAUACACAGUCUUCUCUACAACCACUAAAACCGACGGCAACAGGCUCGGCCAAUUACUUGAUGAAACAGCAAAUGUCUUCCGACUCAUCUACUACCCCAUCUACUAUUCCCAUGAUCAAUCAGCCCCCUUCAAAUAAUACAACAGCUGUCCAGUUAUCAAAUGUUCAGGUUACCGGGGCCAAUUCUCCUCAUUUGCAAUCACCGCAGCCAACAAGUCAGUUUAUGAAUUUUCCUCAGUACCAUUCUCAAUCCCAGCAACAGCAUUUGCAACCUCCUCACUCACAGCAAUUGUUUCAAACGCAACAAGGACUACAAAUGCAGCAAUCACCAAUUGGACUAUCACCCCAACAUACUAACUAUAGUGCAAAUAACAAUGUAUUACUACAACCAAAUGGUGCUCCUCGUGCUCCUUUAUCACAACAGAAUACUAUGUUACAGCAAUCUACCCGUGUACCAUCAGGCGCUCUAAGUCCACAAAAUACGUUCCCUACUACGAACUCAUCUCAACGAAAUUAUGCAAACGUGCCAUAUCAGGGACAUCAAUUGGGUCCUCAAACUGCAGGAAUAAAUUCUCUUCAACAAAAUGCAACACAAUCUCCAAAUGUGUUAUCACCGCAAAAUGUUGCUAGUAGCUACUUCCAGUCUCUUUUAUCCAAUUCUGCUUCUCCUGAGGUGAGCCAAACAAAUUUAUCCAAUGUUUCAAAUAAUAUGCAACCACAGCAGCAACAGCAACAGCGACAAGCCUUUUAUAAUAAUGUAAAUAAUAGUGGCAGUUACAUGAAUGAUAAAAAUAGUGGAGGUGGGCAAAAUAUGUACGUCAACAAUAUACCAAGACCUCAACAACAGCAACAGCAACAACAGCAACAGCAACAACAGCAACAACAACCACUAUAUCAAUCUCAGGGUGGUGUACAAUAUCACAAUAGUAACACGCCACAAACAAAGCCAAGUGGCUAUGGGUACAAUAAUAACUCUGCUCAGAAUCAGUUACCAAAUGGGGCACCGAAUUAUGAAACGCAUAAUAUUUACCCUCAUAACUCCUCACAUUAUCAUCAGCAACUCGCACAACCCCAACAAGAACAUCUUCCUACGGGAAUAUCGUCAAAUGGCGUUCCAUAUAAUCAGAUGCCACCUCACUCAAUGCAAAGACAGCAGCAACAGCAACAGCAUCGGUAUGAUAUUUUGAAUAAUUAUCAAGCAUUACAACAGCAAGUAGACGCAUUACAAAACCAAUUCGGUAGACAAUAA